CACUUAUUGUUCAUUGGCGGAAAAACAAAGUAUGCACAGGUAAAGAGGCGUGGGUCAAAGAAUGUGCACUGACAGCAGUAAGACUUGCUUGUUUCUCACUCGACAGGAUUCAGUGACAAUAACUCGAAUACUAAUGGAGUUCAGCGCAUGAAACAUCAAGACAACUGCAAGCGCUCACGCUGGUCGCUCAUUGGGUAACUCUGAAGCACAUUCUGAGGCAGAACAGAUCUUGAAAAAGAAUGAUGGCUAUCCUUCAGACAACAAGGUCAAGCGAGAAUUUCUGCCAUGAUGAGACCCUGCAAUAUCUCUUCCUGUUGUGCUCUAAAGUGAUCCUCAACACGCUGGUUUUGUGUUUCUGGAGGCGCAGUAUAUGCAAGUCAUUCCUCGGGAUCUGCAGCAUCUCUAUUCAAGCCGUCGAUGUGCUGCUGGUCGGCGCGGUCUUCUACAUAUGGUUCUUUAAAGAAGACACGGUCACCUCGAUGUGCUUCAUCCUGUCACACGGCUCAAGCGUCUACACCCUUCUGCCUCUACCCAUCCUCAUCGCGGGGGCAUUCGACUACGCUACGUACCCAAACGCUGGGUACAGAUCUCAUUGCAGGGCUGUUAGUCGCUGUGUUGCGGUUGUGCUUUUGUGGACGUCAGCCUGUCUAUGCUCCUAUCUCUACACAGACACACAACCCGUAGAGAUUUACAUAGACAUAGAUGUGAAAGCCCUAGCUUGCCGGGUGCGCGGAUCUACGGUCACGUUUCACUUUUGCACAGAGUUAGUUUUCAUUGUGUCUGUCGUACUUCUGCUAUAUUUUAAGAAUUUGAUUGGCUGGCUAAGAAGGGCAAAAAUGAUAUCAAAGCACAGAUCCUCUGCUUUUAUCUUCGAGAAAUAUCAAGACGACUUCUACAGUCAGGAUGAGGAAAGUGAAAAUGACGAAAACUGCCCUCCUGUCUUUGUCAGUUUAACUUUAUGUUUCGCCCUGAGCUGGAUGCCGUACCUGCUUGUAUUGGUGUCAUGUGAACUGUUGGGUUUUGUGUUGCCAGCGUAUGCCAGUGUUAAUCUCCUGUGGAUGGCCUGCGCCAACAGUGCACUAGCUGGCUUUGCCCUCUGGCAUCAAAGCGGCAGUGAUGGACCUUUCCGACCUUUCCCAGAUGAGAGUUGUCCGUGGAGCGUUUUUUGGCAUUUGAGCAAAGGACGAGCGCAUGUUAACACGGUUCGUCUGUUAGAAGAACCGUACGUAAUGGUGCACAAGUCAACCCCGCCUUUUCAAAACAUCUAAAGAGCGAAAGUUAUAGCUCAAUACCUAGUGAACUGACAUGGACAGCUUUUUUGUGUGUGUUAAGAAAUGUUUUUUUUGUACUUGGUAUAUUGUGCUGCAGAAAAUGUACAAAAGAAGAGAUGUAUUGAAACAGCUGGAAUAACUACUGGAGGGAAAAAAAACAUAUGUACAAGAUCCCAAUCUGUACGCCAGCAACAAACGAUUUCUCUUUUUAACACUUUUUAACUGCGAUGGGUUAACUCAUCAAUUAAGAGAAAACACUUCUCUGCCAAUGAUGCGUAUUUCCGGUUUUCCGCAAUACCGUUAUUAUCCACCAGGUGGCCUCUUCAGCAACUUAUGCACGCCUCACGUGAAACAGUAAGAAUUCUGUGUAUGUUUUGAUCAUUGCUCUGAAUUUGAUCUCUAUCAAAAGUGGAAAAUGGAUAAUUCACAACAAUGGUAUUAUCUCAGCUUUUCGCUCAAAAUUUGGUGUUUUUGAAGAAACCUACCCAUGUACGAGAGUGAUUACAAGAGAACUAAUGAAGUUGGGAUGAAACAGGGUAUUUUUUGUUUGAAAGCAAAGGGUUUGUUCUUUCAUUUGAUAUAUUGUAUGUUUAUAUAUCUAAAGAAGAACAUUUUCUGGAAGGCAUUAUACUUUUCUGAAAAUAAUGAAAAAUACUGGUGCGGGCUGGCAACUUUUUUAAAAACCGCUGGCGUGGAGAGAGUUAAUGUUUUUCUGUUUUUCUUCUAAUCUAAUUUUAUUAAACAAAUGAAUGAAACCACUAAAGAAUGUAGUCCCUGACACGAAAACCAAGGUUAACAGGGUUUGCUCGUACGGGCACUUCUAUCUUCUUAACAGAUUUAGUAGUAGUAUUGAUGUCAGAUACAGUAGAUUAGAUAGAUUCAGUAGUUAUUGUAUAGAUGUAUAGAUGCAGUAGUUAUAGUAGUAAACAUCUUUCAAAGUUCAACACUUGCAGGGCAGAACUAUUUACUUGUAUUAAACAAAUUCAUGGCAACAUUGAUCUUGACAGGAUGUUGUGUUCUUAGCAAACAAUCAUUAUUCAUAAUAAAACCCUGUCAUUCUGACAGAUUAAGUAAGUGAUUCAUAUAUCAGCAUGUUAAUUCUCCUCUUCCUCACUUCAGUGUUUGUGUAUGAGACAACAGUGUUUCCCAGGCCUGACUCUGGACCUGUCUGCAGAACUUUAAAGUUUCAUCUCUAUUCUUCAUUAACAUAAUAAUACUUUUAUUAUUCUGUCAUUAUGUACAACUAGAAUUUAUUAGUAUCUAUGAUGAUUGUUUCUAUUACUAUUACUCCACAGUAUUCAUUUGUUUGGAACCAAUUUCCAUAUUUCUGUGCUUGCACAUUUAACUUAAACAUAAUAAAUUGUAUAUUUCAAUCUUG